AUGCGGUCUGAAAACGUGCAAAGCUCGGCCGGGGUCCUGAGAAACUUCGCGAGAAAGGGGGCGCGGCGCUGCCCAGCCCAUGGCCCCCCGGCCGGGGCAGUCCCGCAGCCGAGCGCAGCCAGGCGCGCCGCCGCCCACUCGCCCUGUGCCCGCUGCAGCCCGAAAGGGGCCCGGGCUGGGAGCGGAGAGGACAGCGGGGAUCGCGAGCUACUGCCCGAGCGAGCGAGCGAGCGAGCGAGCGCGCGGGCGCCCCCGCCGCUGGAGGACUACCUGGAGGAUAUGGAGGAAAGAUCGGCAGAGACCAAGUCCAAUGUGGACAGCUCAGCGCAGCCUUCCGUGGCCCAGCUGGCUGGGCGGUUUCGGGAGCAGGCAGCUGUGGCCAGGGAGACACCAGCCAGUAAACCAACAAGAAGGAAACCACCUUGCUCCCUCCCCCUGUUCCCCCCCAAGGUAGAGCUGGGCCAGAAUGGUGAGGAGAAAUCGCCAUCCAGCACCAGCCACCCACCUAAAAUCAAGGUGAAGAGCUCACCUCUCAUUGAGAAGCUCCAGGCCAACUUAGCCUUUGACCCAGCAGCUCUUCUGCCUGGGGCUUCACCCAAAAGUCCUGGACUCAAGGCCAUGGUGUCACCAUUUCACAGUCCUCCUUCCACACCCAGUAGCCCAGGCAUCAGGUCUCAGCCAGGAGAGGCAGAAGAAGUGCCCGUGAGCUUUGACCAGCCCCCAGAGGGUACUCACCUGCCCUCUUACACGAAGGUGCGGACUAGAGGCUCAAUAAAAAGACGUCCGCCCUCCCGGCGAUUCCGACGGUCCCAGUCAGACUGUGGGGACAUUUUAGACUACAGGGCUGUGGAGCCAUCUCAGGAAAAUGGUGCCGGGGUAGAGAAUGGGGAUGAUGUGUUCUCUAACAAGAGCAAGGCCCCCAGGUCUCGCCCACCCAACCAGGAGGCCAUGGGAGACCGGGUGGAGGGAACCCCGGAGUCUACAGAAAAGCCUCCUCAAAGGAGCAUUUACAACAGCAUGGAGAAGCCAGAAGAGCAGGUAGCGACUCCAGGGGAGACCAGUGCAGGAGAGGAGGCUGGACAGAAUCCAGACACAGCUAGCCAGGGCAGCCUGGAGGCCCCGGAGCUACCCCACACCUGCAGCACCGAGGCUGAGAAUGGGUGUGGAAGCCCAGCGGAGGGGACAGCCACUGAAGAGCAUACAGACACCGGGAAGGCCACAGAUGGGACAGCCUCUGAGGAGAGUGUGGCAGAUGAAGAGGAGGGAGAAAUCAGGGAGAAGCCCCCCCAAGGUUCUUCUGGAAGAGUAGAGGGCACCAUUAUCCCAGAGGUGGAGACAAAACAAAAGGAGGGGCCACCUGUGGAGCCAGGCUGCAGCCCAGGGGUCGACAAUACCUCAGGAGAAACCAGCAAUGAAGUCCAGAAUGAUCAUGAAGCCUGCAUGAGGCGCGGGGACAGCGAGCCCACACCUCCCAGUGGGGAGUCUGAGCAUGCGGCCAGCACCCGGCCGCAGAUCCGUAGACGCUGCGCCGAAAGCUUUGCAGUGGGCACGUCCCCGAGCCUCCAUCCCCCAAAGCAUGGUGUCACUCAGACGGCAGCAAAUGUCGUACGACCUCUAUGGGCGUCCGCGAACACGGCCGCAUAUCGGGGAUUAAAAUCGGUUUCGUUUUCGUUACACGUCUCACCCAAAGACCCAAGUGAAACUAUUCGGGUCCUCGAGGCUCGGCUGUCCUUCGACCCCCUUUGCGAAGCUAAGGACCAGCUGACCUCAGUGCGGGUCAGCGGGGCAGGGCACUGA